GAGCGGCCGGAGCUGCGGGUGGAGGGCUGGCGGCGCGCCGAAGAGGCCGGGCUCCCGGAGGCCAUGGUCUUCGUGCACGGCUACAACACCAACGAUGUCCAGUCGAUGCAAAUAAUGGCGCAGAUGGCGGCCUUCGGGAACUUCCCUUCUUACAUCAAGCCCUUUCUCUUCACCUGGCCCGCCGGCGACAACUUCCUCGAGUUCUUCGACGCCAGGGAAAACGCAAAAAACCCCCAACUCCACCAGGCCUUCACCGACUUCUUCAGGGCCCUCAGAGACAACGGCAUUCGGCAAAUACACCUGUUGGCCCACAGCCUCGGCUCCCGCCUUCUCAUUAUGAGUCUUCACAGAAUAGAACAAGAAGAGUAA